AUGGAUUUUCUCAAAGAGUUUGUACCGGGUAUUGUAGAUGACGAUUCGCAUUCAGAUCAGGUGGAGUCAUAUAUGUUUGCAUCCUCACCAAAAUAUGUUAAAGUUGCACUAAGAGAUUAUCAGAUUGAGGGUCUUAAUUGGUUAAUUAAGAUGCACGAAAACAAUAUAAACUGCAUUUUGGCAGAUGAAAUGGGGUUAGGCAAGACCCUGCAAAGUGGUCUUGGAAUCAAUUUGUAUACCGCCGAUACUGUUGUCAUAUUUGAUUCAGAUUGGAAUCCUUAUGCUGAUUUACAGGCUCAAGAUAGAGCUCAUAGAAUUGGGCAGAGGAAACAGGUUCAGUCAAAUGAAAAAAUCAAACAGAAUAAUAUAUCCAACGCUGAAUUGAUGCAAAUUUUGGCUUCAGGAAUUGAUACGGUUGAUAGGCAAUCAGAAAUAGAUAGUCUGAGUCUUGAGGAUCUUUUGAAGGUUGGGGAGGAGAAGACGAAGGAAAUGAAUAGAAAGAUAGAAAGCUAUAGAAUUAGUGAUGGUGAAUCGGGAAAGAUCAAUAUGUAUCAAUGGGAAGGCGAAAAUUAUUUGAAAAAGAAACUACAGGAGUUUGUUGCAGAAAAUCCUGUCACAGAAGAAGAGCCAAUCAAGAGAAUAUCUUUUUUUGCAAAUACAAAAUUCAAGCCACUUAAUUUUCCAGAGUAUCAAUUCUACCCAUUAGAAUUUUUUACCUUGCAAGACAAAGAGGAAGAACUUUUCAACAGAGAUGAGGCUCUUUCUCAAGAAGAUAAGAAGCGAAAAGAAAUCUUAUUAAAGGAAGGAUUUGAUUGGACGAAGAAAGAUUAUAAAUCGUUUUUGACUGCUCUGGAGAAUUAUGGUGAAAAUUUGAUGGAAAUUGAAAAGGCCUUACCUAUGAAAACAGAUGUUGCCAGGUACUACAAAAUCCAGAGCAGAUGGUGGAGUAUUGUGGGCUCUUAUACAAUGAGUGAAUACAAUAUAAGCAAGAACUCUUCUGUGUAA